CGCGGGGCUGGGUUCCAUCAGAUGCUAAGGACAGUAGGUGGGCCCGAAUAGAAAUUGCCCGAGCCUUCGGGGCGGGGACGGGAUCUUCCGGCAGUUCGGUUCUGCAGGAUGCUCCUCUCUUAACAGGAGGAAAGAGAAGCUGCAAACUUUUAGGCUGGUGAUUCUGGAUGCUGCCAGGAAAGCCUAGUUUCUCAUGUUCUCUUCCCCAUCUCGGUCAUCUAAGGACACUGCCAUUUCCCAAAAGAAGAGCCAAGAGGAGGAAAAAAUGGCUGUUGGGCUUCUUAAAGCCAUGUACCGGGAGUUAGUGACCUUCAGAGAUGUGGCUGUAGACUUCUCCCAAGAGGAGUGGGAUUGUCUAAAUUCUUCUCAAAGGCAUCUGUACAGUAAUGUAAUGUUGGAGAACUACAGGAUCUUGGUAUCACUGGGACUUUGCUUUUCUAAGCCAAGUGUGAUAUUAUUGUUGGAACAAGGGAAAGAGCCCUGGAUGGUGAAGAGAGAGCUGGCAAAAGACUUGUGCUCAGGCUGGGAAUCAAUGUGUGAGAGUGAAGAAUUAACUCCAAAGCAGAACAUUUAUGAAGCACAAUCAACUCAGAAGAUAAUAGAAAAACUUAAAAGCUGUGGCCUUGAGUCCUCCAGUUUGAGAGAAGAAUGGAAAUGUUUCAAGGAAGAGACAAUCAAUCAUGAAGAAACCCUUGUUGAUGAAAGAGAACAAGAAUAUAACAAGUCUUGGGGAAGUUUCCAUUUGAAACCGCUUCAUACACAACAGAUAAUUCCAAAAGAGGUGAAAGUACGUAAACAUGACACACAUAAAAAAAGCUUUAAAAAAUAUAUAUUGGCCAUUAAACCCAAGAGUACCUAUACAGAGAAGAAACUUUUGAAAUGCAAUGACUGUGAAAAAGUUUUCAGCCAGAGCUCAUCCCUUAUUCUUCAUCAAAGAAUUCAUACUGGAGAGAAACCCUAUCAAUGUGUGGAAUGUGGGAAAGCCUUCAGUCAGAGAUCAAAUCUUGUUCAACAUCAGAGAAUCCAUACUGGGGAGAAACCCUAUAAAUGUAAGGAAUGUAGGAAAGCAUUUAGCCAGAAUGCACACCUAGUUCAACAUCUGAGAGUUCAUACUGGAGAAAAACCUUAUGAAUGUAAGGUGUGUAAGAAAGCCUUCAGCCAGUUUGCCUACCUUGCUCAACAUCAAAGAGUUCAUACUGGAGAGAAACCCUAUGAAUGUAUUGAAUGUGGGAAAGCAUUUAGCAAUAGAUCAUCCAUUGCUCAACACCAGAGGGUUCAUACUGGUGAGAAACCUUAUGAAUGUAAUGUGUGUGGGAAAGCAUUUAGCCUUCGUGCAUACCUUACAGUACAUCAGAGAAUACAUACUGGAGAGAGACCCUAUGAAUGUAAGGAAUGUGGGAAAGCCUUCAGCCAGAAUUCACACCUUGCUCAACAUCAAAGAAUUCAUACUGGAGAAAAACCUUAUAAAUGUCAGGAAUGUAGGAAAGCAUUCAGCCAGAUUGCCUACCUUGCCCAACAUCAAAGAGUUCAUACUGGAGAGAAACCCUAUGAAUGUAUUAAAUGUGGGAAGGCUUUUAGCAAUGACUCAUCCCUUACCCAACAUCAGAGAGUGCAUACUGGAGAGAAACCUUAUGAAUGUAAUGUUUGUGGAAAGGCUUUUAGUUACUGUGGAUCCCUUGCCCAACAUCAGAGAAUUCAUACUGGAGAGAGACCCUAUGAAUGUAAGGAAUGCAAGAAAACCUUCAGGCAGCAUGCACACCUUGCUCAUCAUCAGAGAAUCCAUCUUGGGGAGUCACUCUCACCACCAAAUCCAGUCAAUCACCAAGUCCUAUAGACCCUAUCAUAAAUAUUUCUGGAAUUUAUUCUCUUUUCUCCAUCUUUAAUGUCACCCUAGUCUAAGAUCCAUCUCACCUGGAUCACUAUUAUAGCUUACUAAUAGGUCUGCCUCUGUAACUUUUGGUUUCCUUAAAUUCAUUUCCCACCAUGCUCCCACUGAUCUUUGAAGUGUAAGAAUACACACAUCACUGCCUCCACUUAAAACAUUUCUGGCUUCCUGUUGUUCUUAAGCUAACAUCCACAGUCUUUAAAAUUGUCUAUGAGGUGCUUUAUUAUCUGGUUCUUAUAUACAUGUUAGCCUUAUUUUAUUCCAGUUUCCCACUCUGGACACUAAGCACUUCCCAGGAUGAAAAGCUUAGAUGCUAGAAAAUCAUAGCUCUACCACUACUGUGGGAUUGUGUGAUUGAGUAAUUUGCUUGACUUAUCUAAACCUCAGGGUUUUCUUUAAUUCUUAAAAUAGGGAUAAUAAAAGACACUGUAUUUUAGAACUGUAUUAAAUGGAAUAGUGUCUGUUGUAGAUUGGUGCCUAUUAAGUAAGAAAUUUGCAUGUAAACUACUUUAUAUAAUGCAUCAAAUAUAGCAGAUAUUCCGUAAAUGAUAGCUAACAUAUAUUGAGUGCCUACUAUGCACCAGGCAUUGUUCUACGUACUCAACAUAUAUUAACUUACUACUCAAGCUAAAACAAGAUGCCUAAGUGGGCAAAGUAUAACAUCCCUUGGAAGCAAUAGGUCAGAAUUGGGAAACCUAAAUAUUUUAGAACAUAAGUGGAGUCUUUAUACUCUAGGUGAGUAAUCAGUAUAGACACAAGUAGUAGAAAUAUAACACUUAUAACCAGUUUUAGGAAGUUUCCAGAGAGAAUGAAUAGAAUAAACCAAUUAAAAUGAGAAUUCACUGAGAAUACAGUUUACAUUUAGAUAAAAGAAUAGAGUAUCACAAUUAACUCCAAAAAACAAACAAAUGGAAAAACCAAAUUCAUACCGUCCCAUAUAAAAGCACCAGGUAGUAUUAUGGUUGAAUCUACGUAAUUUCAAAAGCAUAUAAACUGUUCCAUGGUGUAGAAAAAGUGUAAUGUUUAUAUUUUUUUUAAGUCAGUGAUUGCAAAAUUGAAAUCAAAAGGGAAUUUAGAGAAGAAAACUACAGAUAUAUAUGUGCUUUCAUUCAUUUGUGAAUAUUGAGUAACUACAAUUUGCCAGACACUAUAACUGUUUUAGGCAUGAGAAGACAACAAUAAUCGAUCCAAAGACUUGUGGAGUUAAAUUCCAAAGGCUGGGAGUGUUAAUGCUUAAAUAUAAACAUAGAUUUUUCAGAACCAGAAAACUGAAGAAUAAUGAAGUAAAUUGAAGAAUAUCAUGUAGUCUAGACUGAAGAGAGUCGAGAUAACAAAGUUACCAGUUAUUCCUAACUCACAAAUUCACUGUAAUUGCAACCAAAAUUCCCAAAUGGGCCUUUUUGCCUUUUAUUUUCACUUUUUCUGAAAUUCAUUCUAUGAAGUAUGAAUUUUUAAGAAUGGCAAGAAUAUUCUUGAAUCUGAUCUAUUUGUAGAAAUUUUGCAUAUGAUGAAGAUGGUUCAUACCAGUAAAGAAAGGAUGGCUUUGGGGAUUUUAGAAUAAUUGACUAUGUACAUCACUAGUUGUAAAGGAAAUACAAAUAAAACCAUGAUGAACUAUUUCAUGAUCAUCAUAUUGACAAAAAGCAUUACAUGGCCAAUGAUUGGAUAGAUGUAA